AUGGCGGUUACUCGAAACUCAGCUGCAGAUCCUUCAACUACAACUGCAGCACCUGGAAAUACACCUACUUCAGCUGGUACAAUUGAAAUUGACCACAAUCAUCCGCUGAAUUUGCAUCCAAACGACACUCCAGUACAUGAUCAGUGGGAGAGAGUUAAUGCUGUUGUUUUGUCAUGGAUUAUGAAUUCAAUACGAAAGGAUCUGUUGAGUAGUAUUAUCCAUGCCUCUGAUGCUCAUAAUGUGUGGAUAGAUUUAAAGGAAAGGUUUGAUAAGGUGAAUGGCUCUAGAGUAUUCUACUUGCAUAGAGAAAUUGUGACCCUCUCUCAGGGAACUCUGUCAGUUGCUGAUUAUUUUUCUCGAAUGAGAACUCUUUGGGAUGAAUUUGAUGCUUUUAUGCCUUCUCCUAGAUGUAGCUACCCUGAAUCUAGAAGUUAUGCCCAAAGAGUAUUACAGUUCCUAAUGGGUCUAAAUGAAACAUACUCCCAGUGUAGAAGCCAAAUCCUAUUAAUGACCCCUGUACCAUCCAUUAGCAAAGUGUACUCCAUGAUUGUGGAUCAUGAAAGUCAGAGAUCCAUAGCUUCUAGUUCCUCUGUGGGUCGUCUUAGUGAUACACUUGAUGCAGCAGCUCUCUUUAACUAUAAACUAGGUUACAAAGGCAAAGGUGGAUAUCUAGGUCCUGGUGAUUCAGGAGGUACAAGUUUAGUUAAGACUACAAGUAUCUAUGAGGGAAGACCACCAGCUUCCACCUAUAAAGGUGCUCCACAGAAAAAAACACCAGUGGUUUGUGAGUUCUGUGGUUAUAAUGGUCAUACUAAGGAUCAAUGUUUCAAGCCAAAUCGUAUUAAUGACCCCUGUACCAUCCAUUAG